CAGUCAGUCGGAACAGUGAAUGAAUAUAUAUCAGCCGCACAUAGCUUACUUAAUUAGUCGUAUCUUAUUAUUAUUAUUAUUGUUCAAUCAAUCAGUCUAUCUAAUAUUUACGAUCUCAUCGAAGAAGAAGAACAAGAACAAAUCUUCUUCAUCUCAACAUGUCCAAAUCUGGGGCGCUUGAUCUCGCUACUGGCCUGGGCGGAAAGAUCGACAAAGACAAUGUCCUUUCAGCUGUUGACAAGUACGAGAAGUAUCAUGGCUAUUAUGGAGGUGAAGAGGAGGAGAGAAAGGCCAACUACACGGACAUGGUGAACAAAUACUAUGACCUUGUAACCAGCUUCUAUGAAUAUGGAUGGGGAGAAUCUUUCCAUUUUGCCCCAAGGUGGAAAGGAGAAUCUCUCCGAGAAAGCAUUAAGCGACAUGAGCAUUUCUUAGCUUUACAAUUAGGCUUAAAACCUGGACAGAAGGUGCUAGAUGUUGGGUGUGGAAUUGGAGGACCAUUAAGAGAAAUUUCUAAAUUCAGCUCAACAUCUGUUACUGGUCUGAACAACAAUGAAUAUCAGAUUGUAAGAGGAAAGGCACUGAACCGUGCUGAGGGAGUGGAGAAGACCUGCGACUUUGUUAAGGCUGAUUUCAUGAAAAUGCCAUUUACUGACAACACUUUCGAUGCGGUAUAUGCAAUUGAAGCUACCUGCCAUGCUCCCGACCCGGUUGGAUGCUAUAAAGAGAUCUAUAGAGUGUUGAAGCCUGGUCAAUAUUUUGCUGCAUACGAAUGGUGUAUGACAAGUUCCUUUGAUCCGAAUAAUGAAGGGCACAAGAAAAUCAAGGCAGAAAUAGAACUAGGGAAUGGGCUCCCAGAUAUCAGAUUUACAGGACAGUGUCUAGAAGCUUUGAAGAAAGCAGGUUUUGAAGUUGUAUGGGAGAAAGAUCUUGUAGAAGACUCAGCACUUCCAUGGUACUUGCCUUUGGAUAAAAGUCACUUCUCGCUGAGUGGUUUCCGGUUAACAGCUGCUGGACGCUUUGUUACCAAAAACCUGGUGAAGGCGUUAGAAUAUGUGGGUAUAGCCCCCAAAGGAAGUCAAAGGGUUCAAGAGUUCUUAGAGAAAGCUGCUGAAGGGCUAGUUGAAGGUGGAAGGAAAGAGAUCUUCACACCACUGUAUUUCUUCGUUGCUCGGAAACCUCAUUCAGAAGACAGCCAGUAAAACUGAGAAGGUGCAGUUAACAUGUAUCUGUAUUUGUUCAAUAAUAAAACUAAUGGAUAUUCUCUUGUAGCCAUCUUUUUCUGCGUGUGGAACUCUGCUCUGAUUUGUUUGUGUGGAACUAACUAGUUUUGUAGAAUCUUUUUUUUAUAUUUUAUAUUAUUGUGUUUUGGCAUA